AGCUGCGGCAUUCCAGGGGGAAGAGCGCGCCCGGGAGCCGGCCUCCUCCUCCUCCUCCUCGUCCUCCUCCUUCUCCUCCUUCUCCUUCCCCCGGCCCGGCGCCGCCCGCAGCCAUGGCCUCCGCCGCCUCCGCCGACCUGGACCGCUUCUCGGCUGCCAUUCCUGCCUGGCCCCAGAGGGGUUCUGGGUCUGAUGCGCGGAGGACCGGACCGGAAACCCUCCUUUCACUAGUCCGUCUCUCUCCGCCUGGGAUUCCUGGUCGCACCCCUUCAUUCCAAGGAUGGCGAGAGGGGGAGUCAGGACAAAGCAGGACCCAAGAUGGAGAGAAGAGUGAACAGAAGCGGAGCCUUUUGCUCGGAGGCCACGUUGGCUUUGACAGCCUCCCGGACCAGCUGGUCAGCAAAUCGGUCAACCAGGGCUUCAGCUUCAACAUUCUCUGUGUCGGGGAGACGGGCAUCGGGAAGUCCACCCUGAUGAACACGCUGUUCAACACCACGUUUGAGACGGAGGAGGCCAGCCACUACGAGAACUGCGUCCGGCUGCAGCCACGCACCUACGACCUGCAGGAAAGCAGUGUGCAGCUCAAGCUGACCAUCGUGGAUGCCGUUGGCUUCGGAGACCAGAUCAACAAGGACGAGAGUUACAGGCCAAUAGUUGAUUACAUCGAUACGCAGUUUGAAAACUACUUGCAAGAAGAACUAAAGAUCCGGCGGGCCCUGUUCAACUACCACGACACCAGGAUCCACGUCUGCCUUUACUUUAUCACCCCCACCGGACAUUCACUCAAGUCCCUGGACUUGGUGACCAUGAAAAAGCUGGAUAGCAAGGUAAAUAUCAUCCCCAUCAUCGCCAAGGCCGACACCAUUUCCAAGAGCGAGUUGCACAAGUUCAAGAUCAAGAUCAUGGGCGAGCUGGUCAGCAACGGUGUCCAGAUCUACCAGUUCCCCACGGACGAUGAGACGGUAGCAGAGAUCAACGCCGUCAUGAAUGCUCAUCUACCUUUCGCCGUGGUUGGCAGCACAGAAGAGGUAAAAGUCGGGAACAAACUGGUGCGGGCUCGACAGUACCCGUGGGGGGUCGUUCAAGUGGAGAACGAGAGUCACUGUGACUUUGUGAAGCUGCGGGAGAUGCUGAUCCGGGUGAACAUGGAAGAUCUGCGGGAGCAGACCCACACCCGCCACUACGAGCUCUACCGGCGCUGCAAGCUGGAGGAGAUGGGCUUCAAGGACACCGACCCGGACAACCAGCCGUUCAGCCUCCAAGAGACAUAUGAGACGAAGAGGAAAGAGUUCCUCGGGGAGCUGCAGCGAAAGGAGGAGGAAAUGAGGCAAAUGUUUGUCAACAAAGUGAAAGAGACUGAGUCGGAGCUGAAGGAGAAGGAGAGGGAGCUCCACGAGAAGUUCGAGCACCUAAAGAGGAUACACCAGGAGGAGAAGAGGAAGGUGGAGGAGAAGAGAAGGGAGCUGGAGGAGGAGAUGAACGCUUUCAACCGGCGGAAAGUGGCUGUGGAAACCCUGCAAUCUCAGUCCCUGCAAGCCACCUCCCAGCAGCCCCUGAAAAAGGACAAAGACAAGAAAAAAACCAGUGGGUGGUCUUCCAUUUAUAGUGUGACCAUCAAUUGAUUGAGCAGUUGUGGGUCCGAUUUUAAAGACGCCUCGUGAGUCCGGCUCCAUUGGGUUUAAUUGUUCAGCAUCAAGAUGGCUACUUACCAGGUGCACUAGCAGAUACACGGAGUGAAAUUCCUUUUAAUUCUUCUAACCCUGAGAUUAAUUCCAGUAAUGAGAAUCUUAAAAGGGACUUCUAAAUUUUCAUCUCGGCACAAAUAAAGUCGAAUAACACCCCCUCCUAUUAUUUUUAUAAAUAACAAUCUUCCCCUGUUUUAAAAACUAAGUUGCUCUAAAAACGUUCCAUGUGUGUAUAACCUAUCGCUCCAUAUCUACACCUGCGCAGAGAUAGGUAAUAAACUACAUAUUAUGACAGAGAUUUUCAUGUCUUUACUAUUACAAUUGUAACAUAAAAUAGGAUCACCUUUUGGAAAAUUUUUAAUUCUUGAUCUCUAAAAUAACCAUAGAGGUGAAGUCAUUCUAUUUGUCAAUCUACCCUUUUGUUAUAUAUUAUUGGGAAAUGAACCUACCUUCCCUUUUAAAAGCAGAUCUGGGUGAAAUAACAAAGCCAUCUACAAAUGCGCAUAAUGAAGAACAAUAGCUGUUAGAAGAUUACAGUGGUUGUUUUCCCCCUGAAGCCAUAAUUUUGUCCUCCUAAUUGAGUUUGGAAUAACUUAUGAAGAUGCUUGUUCAUUUUUUUAAAAAAAAAAACAACCAAAAAACCGCAUACAACAACCCCCAAAACAACUUUCUGAGAAUAGCCAUUAGUUUCCAACUUUUCCCUUUGAGAGGGGAGAAUGGGACCAUCGUGGAAGGAGCAGGGUCUGCCUUGCCCUCCCCAGUUUUCAGAUGCUAUGUCAAGCUUCCUGGACCUUUAGCUAGAAAGGAAACUAAACCCACUCCUACUUUGGUGCCUGUAGAAUUAAAGAAUUAAUUGUUCAGGUGUUCUCUGCCAACUAAGGGCCAUCGGUCAGAUCGUGGAUAUCAUCUGAAACAAAAACCUCUUAACCAGAUCCGAUGAUUAUGCUUUCCCCGGUUUACCAUAGGUCUGGUUUUGUGAUUUUAAUAACAAGCUAGCAGAGACAACCUCUGCCCUGGCUCAGUUCAGAAGCGGCAUUUGUCUGUGGUUAACUGAAGAGCCUUCAGAUUUCACUACAGGACCCAUCAUCUUCGCUAAACGCUCAGGUUGAAUGUCUCCUGAAGGAGACAUCUGUGGUUUAUAGGAAUCACUCCAAAAUAGUUGUUGCAAUGUUUCUCAACACUUCUGAGGACCUCGAGGAAAACAAAAUGAAACACUCUACUGGUACAUGUAAGACAGCUGUCUGUGUGGGGGUGUUGGGAGGGGUCUUGAUGUCUUUAAGCUAGUAUGUAUUACAAUGUAUUCAAGAGUUUGCUGAGAUCUGUUAACUCUAAAUCAGUGCCACGCUAAGCUAAAUGUAUUGUAAAGGAAAGCCAAACCAAGUUGUUAAGCAGGCUUCUAUGUUAUGUAUGUCAGGCUAUUGUGUGUGUCGGGCCAAUAUGUUAUUGUAGAAAAGCUGUUUGAAUAGUAUGGCAUGUAGUUCCUCAAAGGAUGGAAAUCCUGCAUGGUGAUUGGCUGAAAAGACUAAUGACGAGUCAGUCGAUAUUGUUUGUCUUCAGAGGUGGACAAUAUUGAAGUCUGGAAUGACGUGAACGAAUUGGAUUGUUAUGUAAACGACAGCAGCCUGUUUGGCUGCCCACAAGUGCACGCGUUCCAGAUGUUUCUGAUGAAGAUACUCCAACCAUAUGUAACAAAAUUCCCAUUGACGUUUCAUUCAAGGGACCACCAAGGUCACCUCACGCUCUAUACUCACCCUUUCUGUGAUGUGGUUGGUACACGUGACUGCUCAUUCUCACCUAGUGAAUGUCUGCUCCUCUCUGUGUAGCAUUUUGCUUCAGCAUAUAUGUGUUUGGGACUUCUUCCAUUGUCGUUUUCCAUUUUUGACUGAGGCCAACUUUUGUGGUUUGUAAGGUAAGCUCAGAAACUUGCCUUCUAUUUAACAAGCUUCCAACGUGAUGUGACACUAACCUGAAACCAAGCUGAAGACUUAUCUCUCCCUAUAGGUUAAGAAAGGAAGUGUUUCCAACUUGACCGUUACUCCCCCACCCCAGCCCCUUUGGUUUUUAAAAUACAUCUGUACGUGGUCGGCCUUUCUAGGAACUGUCAUUUGAUACUUUAAGCUACCAUAUCUUUCACUAAGAGCAUUUGUUACGUGUAAACUCCAUUGACUGGAUGCCUCAUUUUGUAGACUCUGGGUACGUGCAUGCAUGCUGUGUGUAUGUGUGCACACGUGUGUGUGUGUGUGGGUGUGUGUUGUGUGUGCAUGUGCAUGCAUACAAGAGCCAAGUGUCAGAGUCUGCAGUUAAAAAUAGGAAUAAUUUGACAUAAGGGACUGUGACUUGCUGAUUUGUAAGGUUAAAAUACUUCUUCUCCCAAACCGCUUCAUUCCGUCACACCAUUUUUGUUGCUUUCCCAUUCACUUUGUACUCAUUUCUUAUUAAAUUUCACAUUAUUUUGA